CUUAGCUCGAAAUAGGCUGGCUAGCAGCUGCCAGGCCAAGUUAUUGGCCCGGAGAAUUUGAUCCGCCCAAAAAUGAUUGGUUUGUAGUUUAGACAGCCCAUCAUUACGUCGGCCAUACCAUCCAUCCCCUUACGAUUAGCUCCAUAACCAGCCAAGUUUUUGUCGAUCGAGAUUCCGAGCCCUUCAAACGAAACCUGCGUUUGGUGGAGCUUCGCAAAGGGCCGAUUCCAGAAUCGUCGCUGAAUCGCGGAGUUACCGAUCGGGUACCUGCUUCGCCGUAUGGAGGAUAUUGCCGAGCGGGAGGGUCAGUAGUUGGCGUGGAUGGUGGGGUGGAUCCUGUUCGGGAACUCCCAGACUGAACAGGGAUCGGCCUGGAGCUUCGCCGUACGGGCUGUGCAAGCCGGACAGAAGGAAGCGAAUGGUGGUAGAGUGGCCAGACCAAACACUAUUUAGAAAAGGACCCAAGCUCGGACCCGCAGGUAGUUCGGCCAAGCCCCGGCGGCAGUUUCCCUCCGCAGGUAGUUGGUCUUGUCCUUUCGCGUUUGGUGAGCAGUCCUUGGUGUCCAUAAAUGAUCGUUCGGGUAAUGAUAUAUGCCGAUCAGCUUGAGUUUUGAUUUUCCCGACCUUUGAUUUUGUCCUCCCGUUCAGGUAAUCUCCCAGAGAUUUGAUUUUUUCCUCUGCUUUGAUUGCCAAAAAUGGAUGGACAGGGUCACGGCCGGUAUAUGCUGGUUGUGCGCAUUCCCGUUCGGUAAACGGUGUUGCCUGUUGACCGAGCGGCAUUUAAACAGGGAUGGCAGCUCCCUGGCAUCCAUGGCUGCAGAGAGCACCUCGGGUUUUGCUGCUGGUUUGCGGUUGUUAGCUUUGGGCGUUCAGGAGCUUCCCGUUCGGGAUGUGAUGCCUUAAGGCUAGGUGAUGCCAGAGCAGCCGGGAUGCUCGAGCAGGAGGUGCUGCUGUCGAGAUUGUUCCUUUAAGGUGUCAUCAUAGCUUGGCCCUGUUCAUCACAUCUGUUCCGUCAUGAGUAUGUCUUAUACCGUUCGGCAUUCGGGCAGUGAAGCUUGUUUUGGAUAAUGAUGAAUGUCAACUCAUCCACUUGCUUUGUCAACUCACCCACUUAUGCUAUUGUCAGGCUUUGUCAUGCUUCUUUUGUAAAAGUAUGGAACCAUCUGGCCUUAUCCUCUCUGCAAGGUAUUAGGAAUAUGGGUCCCAGCUCCAGUAUUCCUCUUCCGUCAAUAGGUCUUUGAGACCAUCCUCCUUGACAUGUGCUUCGGCCUUAUGGAUGACUUUUAGGAUGUAGCAGUAGCAAUUUUAGGACAACAACCAGGCUGCUAAACGGGAUCUGGGAUUUCUUCUUUGUUUUUUGUUUUUCCAGAAUUGUUUCUUCCUUCCUCUUUAGUUUCUUGAUCCCAUCAGUAGUUUUUGGCAUAAAAAUAUUUGUAGAAUCAAAAACACAUGAAUCUUUUUGAAGCGGUUCCCACAGACGGCGCCAAUGUUGAGGUUUUGUCCCGUAGAUCCGGAAGCCCAACAUAAACUUCGGAUAUUAAGGACGAUGGAUUCGGCACAGUUGAAGGGCAAACAAGUAUUGCACAUGUGUUUGGCUCUUUUUGGAAUUUAAGGCUUGUAAGCCUUUUUCGUAGGUUCCAAACGGCCACCUAAAAAGUUAGUUCGGUAAUAUGAUGAGGAAAAGGUGGCACCUCCCAAUCUGGGCUCGUGAAUUUGUCUUUUGGUACCGUUUCUAAGACUGGGGAAUUACAACGGCCUGUAAGACUGGGUUUCCCCCUUCAUUUAACAAAUUCUUCAUUUUCUGCUUCAUACAUCAAUGUCUGGGUGGUCUCAGCUCCCUCCAGAUCUUAUAGACCUAAUCGCCAGACACAUAACUUCUGAAAUCGAUUUCAUCCGCUUCCGUUCCGUCUGCUCUUCCUGGCGAUUCUCCGUCCCGGAGAAACCCUACCGCUCUUGCCCGACCCGCUUUCCCGUUAUUCCAAAUGACGGAAUCUCUGAUGCUAGUUGGGGCUUUAAGCUCUUAAGGCGCACCAUUUACUUGAUCCGAUCACCCGGAGAUCAUGACAGAACCGCCUCCGCAUCCAAUUCCUGGAUUGUUAAGCUCGGUUCUGAUUCCCCGCACCGAUUGCGAUUGCUGAAUCCUCUUUCCAGAUCUCAUUUGAAGCCGCUCCCUUCGGAUUUCCCAAAAUGUAUUGAUGUCUCGCGAUACCCCAUUAUCGAAUUGGGGAAAGAGUACACUCUUCACUUCAUAAAUUCCAGGCCUUUGGCUAGUUCAGUUGGUGAGGCUGGCAAUUUGUAUAUGGAGAAGGUCGCCUUGUGUCCGGAUAAACACUCGUCAGGGUUCGUGCUUUUAACCAUUCAUGUUUCCGGGAGAUUGGUUGUUUAUAGAUCGGGUGCUUCGAAUUGGACAAUCAUCAACGACCUGAGUUCACCCUACGAUGACGUGAUCACCAAAGAUGGUCGCUUUUAUGCAGUUGAUAAUACUGGUAGGACUGUGGUUUUUAAUAUGGACUCCAUGGAUUUUAGUGUCAUUGCCCAACCUGUUUUUGAGGGAGACAAGAAAUUCCUGGUGGAAUCUUGCGGAGACUUGUUAAUGGUUGAUAAGUACUUAACUGUGGGGCCCAAGGAUGAUCUCGGAUACAGUGAAGGGUUUGAAUUCUACGAAGAGCUCGAUUGUUUGAUGAACGAGAGAACUCUGAAGUUUAAGGUUUAUAAAUUGGACGAAGAAGGGCAGCAAUGGGUUAGUAUUUCGAGUUUGAAGGACAGGAUACUCUUCUUGGGAGAAAAUUGCACAUUCUCUGCCUUGGUCUCUGAGCUUAAUUCUGAAUGCAAAGGGAACUGUAUAUUGUUUGCAGAUCUCUUAUUGUACGACAAGGAUGAAGAAGAUGAAGGAGGAGGUGUGUGGACAUUUCAUGGUAUAGGCAUGUCUGACUUAGAAAGCGGCAGCAUUGGUCCUAUUAGUAGUAAUGUUGGUUAUUCUGAGCUUUUUUGGCCUCCUCCUCCUUGGAUCUCAUCUACUUCAGAUAUUGAAAAGGAGAUGGACCAAUUGGGUAUUUGAAUUUGUUUAGUCAAAUAAGAUGUGAAGAGAUAUAUGUGCUCACCAAGCUGAUUCGAGGCACAGUGAUGAAGUAAUCCCAUUUCAUGAUUUUACGAACUAGUGAAAAUGUGCGUGUUCAUUCCAGUUCAUAUAUCCCUACUCUUUUAAUUGGGGAUGUAUGCAUACCCUCAUGUAAUUGGAGUUGGUGAUUUUAAUUUUUUUCAUCAAUUAAUUAGGGUUUAUGUUUACAUUUUGGUUGAAAUAAGGAAGGAUUCCUGGUUGAGGAUUUAAAAUUCAGUAAUGGGAAAAACACAUAGCAUAUAAUAACGUAUUAGGCGGUCAGCUAAACCAUAUUCUCAUAUAGUCAUAUACAAACAUCUAAGAGUAAGACUGUAAAAGGACUACUUGUC